UUGCAUUUUGUGUUAUGUAGUUUAAAAUGAAAAUUACUAUUUAUUACAUAUUUGCUGCAUGGUUGUUUUAUAUAGCAAGUUGUCAACUCCCACCUGUGGAGGAACAAAUCCCUCCGAAAGUCCAUGAGGUGGUGAUCCUCCAACCAAUACCAAUUCAGAAUGUUGUCGGUUUUGGGGAUCUUAAAAUGGAAUGCAGUGCAUCUGGCAACCCAGCACCUACUAUAGAGUGGUCAUUUAAUGGGGUCAAGUUUGUCAAAGACCAACCAUUUAAUGGUGUGGAAGGAGCCGAAAUUCGACACAUACUUAAAGGAAAUCGAAUCACUAUUAAAGGUGUCAAGGGGAAAUAUAACGAUGAAAGUGACAAGCACGACACAGGUCGAUAUCGUUGCAUAGCACGGAAUGAAGUUGGUGCUGUAUUUUUAGAAAAGUAUAUUCAAAUUCGUGUUAUGGCUAAGUUUAAUUCACGAGAUAAUUAUUUACGGAAAGACAACACUAUAGAAAUAAAUCCAACGGUUGGUAAAAGUGAGACUAUAAACUGUCCAGCACACAAACUUGGCUAUGGGUGUGAAUACAGUUGGGGAGCUGUUGACUUAAAAACAAGAAAAACAGAAUAUUUUUACUCUGGAAAUCCUAAUAAACGUAUGUUUAUAAAAAAUAAUGGUGAUCUUGUGUAUAGUUACGUUGACGAGUUUGAUAUUCUCCAGUCAUCUAGUCUUGGUGGACUUUCGUGUAUUAUAACCAACUAUGGACAAACUGUAGCUUCAAACAAAUACAUGUUUCUAACAGCAUAUAAAACUGCACUGGAAAACCGUGAACCAGUUUUGGAAGCUCAUAUGCCAAAGACCAUGAAAGGAGCAGUUGAUAGGCCAUUUGUUCUAACUUGUGGAGCAACAGGACGACCUCUGCCAGAGUACCGCUGGGAAUAUCAAGGAGUCCCUAUUAGAAGUGUAACUGGUGAUGGAAAACUAAAUUUUGAGUUUUUUGAGUUUUUUGGGAACAAGAUGGAACUUCGUAUCAGAAGAUUGACUAGAUAUUCAGGUGGUACAUUUAGAUGUUACGCAAAGAAUGCUCAUGGAGAGGACCACAGACAAGGCCAAUUGACAGUCCUAUUCCCACCAAAAUGGAAAAACGUUCUUCCGGAUACGAUUGAUCAACCUUUGGGUAAUCGUUUUGAAUUGAUAUGCAAUGCCACUGGGUUCCCAACACCUAAAGUUGAGUGGUUUCAGAAUGGAACAAGAUUAAUUACAUCACAAGAUAAAAGAAAGAAGGUGGUAGGUGAUGGGGUAAACGACUACGGGGGAGUACUGACCAUCGAGGAAACAAGGUUUAUAGAUAAUGGCAUAUAUAUCUGUGUUGCCUUCAAUGAAUUGGAAACGUUGACAAUGUCGACAUUUCUUAGAAUAAAAGAAAUGAAACCAGAAUUUCGUGUUCCGUUGGACGACCCAAUCUAUCUGUUUAGGACGAGCACAAUGAUGAUUCAUUGUAAUCCAUUGGGUGGACCUAUACCUGAAAAAACGUGGAAAAGGGACAAUGUUGAUAUUGUUGAUGGUGGUCGUUACAAAAUUUUUAAAAAUGGAUCCCUCCAGAUUACAAAUGUGCAAAAAUCAGAUGCUGGAAAGUACAGAUGUUCAGCUACUAACAUUCUUGGUUCUGCUUUCAGUGAAGGGACUGCAGUUGUCUUAGAACCAACAUUGAUCACUAACCAUAUAGAAAGUCGUAGAGAAGAUAUUGGAUGGGAUUAUACAGAACUAUUUUGUGGAGCUAGCUGGGACAAAAGAUUGGAUUUGCGCAUUGAAUGGUAUAAGGGUGGUGUGAGGAUGACUAAAUUUACAAAUAGAAUUUACCUUGAACAGCGUGCAACUGGUCCACCUAGGUUAUUAUUCAUAAGGAAUUUAACUGUGGAUGAUGCUGGAAUGUAUUCUUGCCAUGCUUACACCACUGUCGGUAAUGUUAUAUCAGAAAAAUGGUCUCAUGCAAAUCUGACGGUCAAAGCACCACCAGAACCACCUACAGGUUUGCGCAUUGAUGGUAACUGUUAUAAUAAAGACAAUGGAGAUAUCAUAUUGAGAUGGCAUAGAGGAGAGCAGAUUGGGGUACCAAUUAGGAAGUACUUUGUUGAGUUUUCAACUAACCAGUCAUCGCAUGCUAACAAAUGGUUUGGUGGGAAAGGUGAUCCUCUUAUUCCAAACUCCGAAAUGAUUGCAGCGGCAUCAAGCAAAGUUAUUCAGUUUAAGCUAAACAAGUUUCUUGUUCCUGGUGCUAAUCUCAUCUUCCGAUUGAUAGCAGCGUCUGACCUUUUAACUGGUAGACCAAGUCGCCCAACGUCACCAAAUACUUGCAACACUAAAGCGGGAAAACCUGUUAUCAAUCCAGUAAAUGUUACUGGUAUAGUUUAUGGAGUGGGAAAAUUGUCUAUACGAUGGCGUCCUGUCACUGAUGUUUACUUUGGCGGGGACAAUUUUGAAUAUGAAGUAAAUUACAGAAAGGUAGGCGAAAAGCUGUUUCAGAAGAAGCCAAUUACAGACCUCAACCAAACAGAAUAUGCGAUAACUUCACCUGGCGAGUACGUACAGUAUCAAUUCUAUGUUUUAUCCAAGAACAAAGAGGGUUAUGGACCUGACAUACGAAACGACGAAAUUAAAACUGCAUAUUCUGGACGAAAAGCUCCAGAGUUUGCGCCAAGUAAUGUGGGAGUUGGAAAAAUAACUAUUGAUAAUGUUGAGCUCCAUUGGUCUCCUGUAAAAGACGCAGAUGGAUAUCGGGUGCGCUAUUGGAACAUAACGGACGCUGAGCAUUUACGUGGACGUAGUGGCCGAUCCAGAAGAGCCACAGAUUCCAUUGUGUACAAAUAUCAAACAUUUAUGGGAAAGGAUUACUCAAAUGGUGCCACUUUAUCCAACCUUACCUCUCAAGUAGAUUUCCUGGCUACUGUAGCUGCAGUGAACAAUGGAGGUGCUGGGCCAGAAAGUGGUGUGAUUGAGUUUACGUCAAGUGCAAGAAUUCCUGGUUACGUGUCUGAUGUUCAUCUUCAAAUCUAUGGAAGGUCUGUGCAUAUCAAUUGGAAUCCUCCACUGCACCCAAACGGAUACAUUGAGUCAUAUGAGAUUCGCUGGAUAGAAACCAGGAACGAAGGUGAUACCAGACCCGCGAAAGAGGAGCGUCUAACAAUGGACCGGCGAUCGCGCGAAGCGUAUGUGAUCAACAAAAUGACUCCGUUGACGUAUUUUGAUGUCACAAUAAGAGCACGCAAUCGUUUGGGGCCAGGUCGUCCCUGGGUGCGAGAACGAUUCGCUGUCAGUGCAGAAGAUAUUCCUGGAAAGCCUGGUGCUCCAAAGGCUAAACCAUUUGACGAUACUGCUAUCAAUGUCACCUUUCAACGGCCUUCGUAUGGUGGUCUGCCAACCACGUUUUAUGUCUAUUACCGUCCAACUGGUCAUUUUUUCGAUGAACCCAAGAGAUUAUCGCAGGCUUUUCCGAAUAGAGCUUGGACGCUUGUUACGGGUUUGGACUUUUUGGUGUACGAUUUCUGGACAGUUGGGGUAAAUUCGAUGGGUCAAAGUGAAACGAGUGACGUCACAGAGCAACAACCUAUCAGAAGACCAAAGCCUCAAUCGCAUGCAUCACAGUUUGAUUGGUAUGAAAGCAACUGGUUUAUAGCUGUCGGCAUGUGUAUGUUGUUUUUCUGCAUCACCGUCAUUGUGGUGGCCUUCUUGUUGAAAGGUGGUCCCAAGCCCUACAAACGCUUAAGAGAUCGAGGUUACGGUGGAUAUGGCGGCGGAAAUAGAGGCGCACAGGAGAUGAGCCAAUUACCUUCCAAAAGCUCUAAUGGCGCUUACUCAAGACCUGCCACUGAAGCACCACUUUAUGAUAAAGAUCAAUAUGACGAUAGAAGGAAUUUAUCAGCCAGUGAACCAGCUAGUGAACCUGACGUACCUCCACCUCGCUAUUCCAGUCAAAGUUCCCUCGAGAAAAAAGCACUUACAGCUAGUGAAGAUGGGAGCGAGACAGGCUCCGGUAGUGAUUACUCGGACAGUGAGACUGGAACUGGAAGCGACUACAGCGAUGAGGAGCAGGGAUCAUACUACAGUGACGAGGAGAAGAAGAGGGAUAGCCAGGAGGACGAUGAGGAAGAAGAAGAUAUUUCAACAUUUGUUUAACUUCACGUGUAUUCAAAGGUGUUGGCAUUUAUAAAGCACUGUCCUCUUUACCGGUGGUUGUUAUUAUAGUCCUAUGCACAGAAACAUGUCGUCUUCCGUUGUGAUUGUAGAUCGCCAGUACCACUUCGUUCUCAUCCCCCCUACCGAUCUUGAUACCAAUUCUAUAUGUCUUAAUCGUUUAUAUUUUUCAAGGAAAUCAAUCUAAGACGUCCGGAGAUCUUUGUCGGGAACGUAUAAAAAUAAACAACAUAAAUUUUUAGUUUUGGGCUGUUUUUCGGGAACCAAAAAUUUGGCGCCGCUGUAAGUACUUAGGAUCUUUUUGAUAACCUGCUCGUAACCAUUUUGUGACAGUGUGUAUAUAUAUGAUGUAAUUUGUAGAAAUUUUUAUUUGCAUAUAUAUUUGUUUAUUAAAAAAAAUUGAUUUUGCAUUUGUAAUUUUGGCCGUUAGUUGACAUUUUCACUCGAAAUUUUGUCACUCGCACAUUGGUUUUUAAUCUGCCAUAUUUAAUUCAAGUGGAAAUAUGUAUGGCGAGUAACCCAAGUUUGUCGAGUAGAGAUAUCAGUUAAUUGUUGAGGAAGAUAAUUAUGUUUAUUGUAGGACACCAUUUUAUUUUACAAUUUCUGUAAUUCGAUCAUUUUGCAAUUCAAGGAAAAGUAAUUGAUUCCUUGAAAUGGUCUUUAAGUUUUGUAGCACGUGUUCGAAUUACAGGAGUGUUUCUGUUUUCUGUAUUCGGUGUGUUUUGUUUUACACAUACGAUAACAACAAUUGAGUAGUUUGGCACAACACUAACAAGAAAGUUUGUGAACACCUCAAUAGUGGUCCUAUAAAUUUUGAAAUAAUUAUUAACCUUUUAUAAUUCAAAUUUUUGUACACUAAUAUUUUUUCUGAUUAAAAAAAAUAUUUCCAAA